AGACUUAACUUGAAGACGACGUCACCCUCACCAGCAGUCUGUGGAGUCACUUGCUGCGGCUGAGCCUGCCCCACUGCCAAGAUGAUCCUGACACUGCUGCUUGGCCUCGGGGGACCCCUGAGCUGGGGGCUGCUGGGGGCCUUGGCCCAGGCCCCAGGUAGUGGGUUCUCGGAUCCACACAAUCCAAGGCCACCUGGGGUCUGGGGGGCAGAGGCUGAGGACACCAGCAGGGAACCCAGCAGACGGAACUGGUGCCCUUACCAGAAGUCCCGGCUGGUCACCUUCGUAGCUACUUGCAAAACAGAGAAAUUCCUCGUCCACUCACAGCAGCCAUGCCCACAGGGGACUCCGGACUGCCAGAAGGUCAAAGUCAUGUAUCGUGUGGCACACAAGCCAGUCUACCAGGUCAAGCAGAAGGUGCUGGCCUCCGUGGCCUGGAGGUGCUGCCCAGGCUUUGCAGGCCCUGACUGCCAGCAUCAUGAUCCCACGGCAAUCCCUGAGCCUGAAGAUCUAGGUGAUGGCCUCCAGGAGCCUUGGGAUGGGCCAGUCGGCUUUGAACCUGGCCAGCCGGCUGCAGAGCUCAGAAGCACUAUGGAGAGGCAGGAACAUCUGCUGGGAGAUCUCCAGAAUGAUAUUCAUCAGGUGGAAGACGGCCUCUCAGGCCUUUGGAAGGCCCUGGCAAGCAACCUCACAGCUGCCACGAUUGAGGCAAAUCAGACAGAGCCUGAGGUGCCUGGUGGAUCCUUGGAGCAAGUUCUACUGCCCCACCUGAACGCCUUCCUGCAGGAGCAUUUCAGCCCUAUUUGGAGGAGCCUUAAUCAAAGCCUGCAGGGCCUCUCCCAAGCCAUGAGAAACCUGUCUCUUGAUGUAGAGGCCAACCAACAGGCCAUCAAGGGGGUCCGGGAGAGCACGGUAGCCAGGGCUGACUUCCAGGAGCUGGGUACCAAAUUCGAGAGCAAGGUCCAGGAGAAUGCCCAGAAAGUGGGGCAGCUGCGGCAGGACGUGGAGGAACGCAUGCACGCCCAGCACCUCUCCCUGCAGCAUUCCCUCUCCCAGGUCGAGGCAGACGUGGACGCCAAGCUGAAGAGGUGCCUCAAGGCCCCAGAGCCCGUGGGGGCCAACGGCAGCCUCGUCCUAGCAGCAGCAGCAGCAGCAGGGGCAGGGGCCAGGCCAGAGCCGGAGAGCCUGCAGGCCAGGUUGGGCCAGCUGCAGAGGAACCUGUCGGCGCUGCACACCGCAGCCGGCCGCAGGGAGGAGGAGUUACAGAGCACCCUGGCUGACAUGAGGGCCACCCUGGCACAGCACGUGGAUGAGAUCAAGGAGCUAUACUCGGAGUCUGACGAGACCUUCGAUCAGAUCAGCAAGGUGGAGCGGCAGCUGGAGGAGCUGCAGGUGAACCACACGGCGCUGCGCGAGCUGCGCGUAAUCCUGAUGGAGAAGUCGCUGAUCAUGGAGGAGAACAAGGAGGAGAUAGAGCGGCAGCUCCUGGAGCUCAACCUCACCCUCCAGCACCUGCAGGGCGGCCACGCUGACCUCAUCAAGUACGUCAAGGACUGCAACUGCCAGAAGCUCUACUUCGACCUGGACGUCAUCCGCGAGGGCCAGCGGGACACCACGCGCGCCCUGGAGGAGGCGCAGGUGAGCCUGGACGAGCGGCACGAGCGGGAUGGCUCGUCGCUGCAGGCCCUGAGCGGCACGGUGGCCGCGCUGUCGCAGGCGGUGGACGCGCAGCGGGCGGAGGGCGAGCGGGCGCGGGCGGACGGGGCGAGGCUGCGGAGCCAGAUGCGGGCUCUGGCCGGCGAGGCGAGCGCGCUGCAGACGGCGCACGGGGAGAUGCGGGCCGAGGUGGGCCAGCUGCACAGCUACUUCACGGCCCUGCUGGACGACGCGCUGCGUCACGAGGCCAUACUGGCCGCCCUUUUUGGGGAGGAGGUGAUGGAGCAGAUGGCGGAGGAGGCGCCCGACCCGCUGCCUCUGAGCUACGAGCAGAUCCGCGCCAGCCUGCUGGACGCAGCCACCGGUCUGCAGGAGCAGGCGCUUGCCUGGGACGCGUUGGCCGCCCGGGUGGCGGCCGUGGAGCGGGCGGCAGGGGCCGGUGGGUCCACCCCGGCGGGGCUGGCGCGGGAGCUGGAGCGCCUGGACUCCGACCUGCGGCGGGUGGGCCGGUGCUGCGAGGCUUCGGGGGUCUCCUCCCUCAACAGCUCCCUUGAGGGCCUCCACGAGGCACUGGCCACCGCCCAGCGCGACUGGGAGCAGCACCGGCGCCUCUUCCACGGCCUCUUCGGAAACUUCCAAGGGCUUGUGGCUUCCAACAUCAGCCUGGACCUGGGGAAGCUGCAGACCAUGCUGAGCAGGAAAGGGAAGAAGCAGAAGGGUCUGGAAGCUCCCCGGAGGAGGGACAGGAAGCAAGCUGAGACUUGGGCGGAUGAGCCUGUCCAGGGGCUGGUGCUUGGGGAGGCAGGCUCCCCUGUGGCCUUCUAUGCCGGCUUUUCAGAGGGCACAGCCUCGCUGCAGACCGUGAAGUUCAAUGCUACUUACAUCAACAUCGGCAGCAGCUACUUCCCUGAACACGGCUACUUCCGAGCCCCUGAGCGUGGAGUCUAUCUGUUCGCAGUGAGCGUUGAAUUUGGCCCAGGGCCGGGCACCGGGCAGCUGGUGUUUGGAGGUCACCAUCAGACCCCUGUCAGUUCCACCAAGGAGUGGAGGGGUGGAAGCACGGCCACGACCUUCACUAUGGCCAAGCUGCAGAAAGGCGAGAGAGUGUGGUUUGAGUUAACCCAGGGAUCAAUCAUCAAGAGAAACCCACCGGGCACAGCAUUCGGGGGAUUCCUGAUGUUCAAGACCUGAAUGCCAGGCACAGCCCUGACCAGAUGUCGUGGACUCGCCCAGCUCUCCUUGGCCUGGAGCUCUGGCCAGGGUUGGUCUGGAGACCAUCCAGUUGGUCUAGUUCUUCCUGGAAAACUUCUGCAAAGACGAUGCAGUAUAUGUGGCCUUCCUCUAGAUGCCCUGAGUUUGGCUAUUUCUUAAUGACAAGAAGAACUGGAAUGCUUCUGUCUGGGCAGGACCUGGCCCUGGGAAGCGUGAGCCUGAGCUUGGUGUGCCUUCUGACGCAGUUCGGCGUCAUGAGCUCCAGAUCCUCACCACACCCCAGGUCCUACAGCUUCUCUGGUGUGUUGCUCCUCCUGUGGUUGGAAACUUUAGACCUUUCUCCCGCCUCUUCUCCCUAAUCUUAUUCUAGAAAAGUAUUCCUCCCUGGAAGGAGUAUGCUUAAAAUAGAGGUGACAUUUUGGAUACUGUUGGAAACCAGUCUCUACCCACUCCAGGGCAGUAGGAGAAAACCGACCUAUUUGGCCUCUCUUAGAAAUAGGGACAAGGGCCUCAUUGAGUUAACCAAAGGAAACAAAAUUAUAUUUCCUUCAGUUUUGGCCCUUCUUUGAAUUUAUCUGUAACUUAAUUUCACUUAUUUUUUCCUUGCCUCCGCAAGGGCCAAGGCAUGCCAGACAAGAACUAAAACGUGUACAGCCUUCAACUUUUUUACUUCCUCCCAAUUCGCUGAUGACCAUCCUUAUUCUUAUUAGCAUCUCUCACCAGGAAGGAGGCUGAGGGAGGAAGUGAAGGACGACUGUCAACGUUUCCCUUGGUAGUGGGUCAGCUCUGGAAUAAAGCAAUGCCCUUCAA